AUGAACAUUGAAACCGCCGAAACAUGCCAAAGAACUCGGUAUAACUGCAAAUGUCUGGAAUUUGGAAUGGGAUGCGAGGACGAAGGUGGUGCUCUAAAGGUUAAUGAAGCCCAGAGCCAAGAAAAGGUCCAGAAACUCGUCCAACAGUGGAAGGGAAAAGGAAGCAUCUACGUCCCAGGUUCCAAAGCCCGGGGUAGUCUGCUUCCUGAAUUCAAGAAGCAGCAUCUCGAACUCAACGACAAGCUCAGCGAAAAGGCCCGUACCCAAAUUGAUAGCUUUAUCAAAGACCCUGAGGCAGAAGACCCAGAUAUCAGCAAGCACUAUUUAGUCGGCAAGUACGGAACCAGGGUUAUCAACUGGUACAUUAACAUGCAGCAAUUGGAUAUGUAG